AAAACCAGCUCCUCAGCCUGCGCCAGAGCAUCCCUCCUAUCCUGAGAGGAGGGAGAGGGAGCGCGAGAUACACGCAGUGAUACAGAAACACAACAGGGGAUGCACCGGCUGCAAGUGAGUCGUUCGGGAUUGUUCCCUUUUUCUUCUCUCGGUUGGGGAUGAAAACACUGACUAACAAGCGCUGCCCACUGACUUUGCCACGCACACAAUCGUCGGAACUUCGCUUUUGGACACUUUUGUCGUUUUGUGCGCUUGCAAACGUUACCCUGUGCGUGUUUUGAGGUUCACAGAUCAAUACUCAUCGAAUUAAGUAUUGUUAUCAUUUAAGUUACUGCAGCUUAAGUUGUCGGGGUUUUGCGCACAAAGACUGGCGGUGUACAUCUCUCGUCUGCCCGUGCUCACACGGAGGUGUCCGGUAUGCGUGCCUAAAGAGAGAGAGAGAGAGAGAGAGAGAGAGAGAGAGAGAGAGAGAGAGAGAGAGAGAGAAAGAAAAAAAAGAACGAACUCCCGUGGAUGCGACCGUGACCUCCUGAAUCUGGAUACUGGGGGGUGGGGGGGAUUUCACUAUCCUCCUUUAUGAUACAAACCUUACCUUUUCAGCGAGGAGAUCUGUUUAGGAGUCUGUGCAACGUUUCACUUCUGAGCGCACUUGUCUGACUCAACGAUGAGCUCCCGUGGGAAAUACUGCGUGUUUUUGUUCUUGCUUAAAAGUAUCCUGUCGGACCCGGGAACCUCAAAUCAAGUGGUUCUGUUGGACACCACAACGGUACUGGGAGAACUGGACUGGAAGACUUAUCCUGUCAAUGGGUGGGAUGCUAUCACAGAGAUGGAUGAACAGAACAGACCUAUACACACCUUCCAGGUUUGCCAUGUAAUGGAGCCAAACCAGAACAACUGGCUGCGGUCUGGGUGGAUCCAGCGACAAGCUGCACAGAGGGUAUAUGUGGAGCUGCGUUUUACACUGAGAGACUGCAACUCCAUCCCUUGGGUUUCUGGUACUUGUAAGGAAACCUUCAAUCUCUUUUACCUGCAGACAGACGGGCCGCUCCCCGACAGCACACGCUUCCGGCCUACUGACUAUGCUAAGGUGGACACCAUAGCAGCGGAUGAAAGCUUUACACAGACUGAUCUUGGAGAUCGUGUCCUUCGACUUAACACCGAGGUCAGGGAAGUGGGCCCCAUCACACAGAAGGGAUUCUACCUGGCCUUCCAAGAUGUGGGAGCUUGUAUUGCUCUUGUGUCUGUAAAGGUCUUCUACAAACGGUGCCCCUCAACUUUAAGAAACUUGGCCGCGUUUCCUGAAACAGUGCCACAAAUGGACUCAUCCUCUUUGGUGGAAGUGAGAGGUUCGUGUGUGGAGAACGCAGAAGAGAGGGACACGCCCAAAUUGUACUGUGGUGCUGAUGGAGACUGGCUGGUACCACUGGGCCGCUGUGUCUGUAGUAUUGGCCACGAGGAAAUGGACGGCUACUGCCAAGCUUGCAAGCCUGGCUUCUUCAAGGCGUAUGCUGGAAACACUAAAUGCUCCAAGUGUCCUCUACACAGCUCUAGCCAUGACCAGGCGGCCACCAUCUGUCACUGUGAUAAAGGCUUCUACAGGGCUCUCAAAGACCCCACUACUAUGGCUUGUACAAGGCCUCCAUCAGCUCCCAGGAACCUGGUCUCACUCAUCAAUGACACAGCUCUCUUCUUGCAGUGGAUGCCUCCCAGUGAUACAGGAGGCAGAAAGGACAUCACUUACAACAUACUGUGCCAGCGCUGUGGUGGGAGUGACAGCAGCGGUGCUGUGACACAGUGUGAGCCGUGCGAGCCUGACCUGCACUUUAUCCCACGGCCACUCGGCAUUACUGGCACCUCUGUAGCAAUACUGGACUUUGCAAUGCUCGCUAACUACACCUUCCACGUUGAGGCUGUGAACGGGGUCUCUGGGCUGGGUAUGACUGCACGCUCGCUGGCAAAUGUGACCGUCACGACACACCAAGCUGGUCCUGCUCUGGUGGGUGUAGUCAGGAAGGACUGGGCCUCUCAAAACAGCAUCGCCCUCUCCUGGUCAGAAGUGGAAAAGCCACCCUCAGACAUAGUGGAUUAUGAAGUGAAAUAUUAUGAGAAGGAGCAAGAGCAGCUGAGCUACUCAUCAACACGGACCAAAGCCCCCAGUGUUGUGGUGACGGGCCUCAGACCCUCGACUGUUUAUGUUUUCCAUGUGCGCGCUCGCACUGCUGCUGGCUACACAGCAUACAGCCCCAACUUUGAGUUUACAACAGCAGCUGAGGAUCCUGAUAUUGCUGAUCAGGGUCAAGUUCUGGUGGUUGUCACAGCAUCUGUAGGAGGUUUUUCCCUUUUGGUCAUCCUUACCCUCUUCCUUUUAAUCACUGGACGGUGUCAGGGAUACAUCAAAGCUCGGAUGAAAUCUGAGGAGAAGAGGAGGACACGCUUUCACAGUGGACAUGUCCCAUUUUCUGGAAUAAAGACCUAUGUGGAUCCAGAUACAUAUGAAGACCCCACUCAGGCUGUGGAGGAAUUUGCCAAAGAGAUAAACCCCUCUUACAUAUGCAUCGAGAGGGUGAUAGGCGCAGGUGAAUUUGGAGAAGUCUGCAGUGGCCGUUUGCGUGUACCAGGCAGGAUGGACAUCUCUGUGGCAAUAAAGACCCUUAAGGGUGGUUAUAUGGACCAACAGAGACGAGACUUUUUGCGUGAGGCCUCGAUCAUGGGGCAGUUUAACAACCCCAACAUCAUCAGGCUGGAGGGAGUGGUCACUAAGAGCAGACCAAUAAUGAUUGUGGUGGAGUACAUGGAAAAUGGAGCACUGGACUCUUUCCUCCGGGCACGUGAUGGUCAGUUCACAGUGCUCCAGCUGGUUGGCAUGCUGCGGGGCAUCGCAGUUGGUAUGACCUAUCUUUCAGAAAUGGGUUAUGUUCACCGAGACCUAGCUGCUCGCAACAUCUUGGUUGAUGAAAGCUUGGUGUGUAAGGUCUCCGAUUUUGGCAUGUCCAGAGUUCUUGAAGAUGACACCGAAGCAGCCUACACAGCUACAGGAGGAAAGAUACCAAUACGCUGGACAGCACCAGAGGCAAUUGCUUAUGGAAAGUUUUCCUCAGCUAGUGAUGUAUGGAGCUAUGGCAUUGUCAUGUGGGAAGUGAUGUCAUAUGGAGAGAGGCCCUACUGGGAGAUGUCCAAUCAAGACGUCAUUUUAUCUAUUGAAGAAGGCUAUCGUCUACCAGCACCAAUGGGCUGUCCUGUGACGCUGCAUCAGCUCAUGCUACACUGCUGGCAAAAGGAAUACAGCCAGCGCCCACACUUCAGUGAUGUGCUGUCGUUCCUCGACAAACUCAUAAUUAAUCCCAGUGGGCUGCUGAAUCUAGCCAAUGAUGUUCAGAGUUUCGCUGACUCCCCAGACGACAUGCCAGAUUACCCUCUUUUCAUCUCUAUCGGCGACUGGCUCGACUCCAUCAAAAUGAGCCAGUAUAAGAACAACUUUCUUGCAGCAGGAUACACGACGCUGGAUUCUAUUUCAAUCAUGAGCAUAGAUGACAUCAGACGUAUUGGAGUCUGUUUGAUUGGCCAUCAGAGGAGAAUCAUAAGCAGCAUACAGUCCCUUCGCCUGCAGCUUCACCACAUUCAGCAGAGUGGCUUUCAAGUGUGAGCCCAUUGCACAGAGUCAGACUGUGUGUACAAACUGAGCUGGAAACAAGUUCCUUGGCAUCGUCAUUCAACUAAUUGCACAAAACACCAGACUCUUAGGUGUAGCAGGUACCACAUGCUGCUCGUAUGAGAGCGGUCUGCUGCUAGACCACAUGUGGUCUAGUUAGCACACACAUCAUCAUCUGGAUCAUUAUCAAUACAGCCUCCACAACAACCAACCUCUGGCGUUGGCCAAAUGCGGUCUCUUUAUUAUCUCAGCAAAUACUAGCAUUCACUUGAAUUUAGGACUUAUUUUCUCUAGUGUCUAUUCAAGUGUUCACCAAUACCUCUUCUCUUUCCAAGUGACAAUCCAAUGGUUUGUAUUGACUUUGAAUGGUCUAAAGUUUCUUACCUCAUGACCAGAGAAGAUGAGGACAGGAGAAAUCAUUUGGUGAUGUGUGGUACAGUGUGUGACUUUAAUAACUACCUUUCCAGCUGGUUUAUGAAACACUUCACUUAAAAGAAUAAAGAUUGACCGGAUGGUAAAAUACAAUCAUGUUUUUUGAACUGAAGACCGCUGAAUGUCAAAAGAUUUUAUAGAAAUGUAUGUUCUCUCUUCAUGAUGAUGCAGUAUGUCUUGUACAAAAAGUCUUGUGAAAAUUGUAUGUUUUAUCCAGUAUGUUGGUUCCUGAAUAAACAACCCUAUUUUAAUACUUAGUUUUCUCUCAGACUUUAACCACCCCUGGCCUCAAUCGCUACAUACGCCACACAUUUCAUUAGGUACACUUUGCCAGUACAGGAUUACACCUUAAGUCAACAAGGUGUUGGAAACAUUUUGAUAUAUGGAAUAGAAGUUUUCUGAAUAGCUGAUGCAAAACAGGAUGCUAUUUACAUCAAUUUGGACUCUAUCAUGUUGCAACAGAAAUCAAGACUAAUCAAUCCAGGUAACAUCUAUAAAAACUUUCUGCUUUUGGUGAACUGUAGCCUCCGUUUUCUGCUCUCAGCUGACAGGAGUAACAAAAGGUAUGGUCUUGUGCUGCUGUAGCCCAUCUGUUUCAAAGUUUUGAUGUUUUGUGUGUUCAGAAAUGCUCAUCUACAUACCUUGGUUGCAAUGAUUGGUUAUCUGAGUUACUAUUGCCUUCCCAGCUGGUCAAAACAGUGUGCCCAUUCUCUUCUGGCAUCAAGAAGGCAUUUCAGCCCGAAGAACUGGCUGGAUCACUGGGUGUUUUCCGUAUUAUUGACGGUUCUUUGUAAACUCUAGAGAUGACUGGGCAGGAAAAUCAACAGUUUCUGAAAUACACAGGCCAGCAUGUCUGGCACCAAAAACCAUGCCAAAUCAUGCUUCACUUAAAUCAUCUUUUUUCCUGAUGCUCAGUGUGAACCUCAGCAGGUCUUAUUCACCUGUACUGAGUUCCUGCUCUGUGAUUAGCUGAGAAGAUAUUUGCCUUAACAAGCAGGUGAA